UUCUUGAAAACAUAUAUUUUUUUUAAAAGAUUAUAAAAGGGCUUAAGUAGAGAGAGGCAGAAGAGAAUUCUCUUUUACUUGUGUCUCUUACUCUAGCCUUCCUUUUUUAAUUUAAUUGCAUUAAAAACAUUUCUUGCACCCCACAUUUGCUUUUAUUAGGGAGGAGAGUUAAAAAAUAAAAAAAUAAAAAAAUAAAAAAUAAAAAUAAAUAAAUAAAUAAAUAAAUAAAUAAAACACCAAAGAUGGGUAGGAUUCCAUGUUGUGAGAAGGACAACGUGAAAAGGGGACAGUGGACUCCUGAAGAAGACAACAAGCUCUCUUCCUACAUUGCCCAACACGGCACCCGUAACUGGCGCCUCAUCCCCAAGAAUGCUGGUCUUCAAAGAUGCGGCAAGAGUUGCAGGCUAAGGUGGACUAAUUACCUGCGUCCUGAUCUUAAGCAUGGCCAGUUCUCUGAUGCAGAAGAGCAAACUAUAGUGAAGCUUCAUUCUGUUGUUGGUAACAGAUGGUCACUAAUUGCAGCUCAGCUGCCUGGCCGCACAGACAAUGACGUUAAAAAUCACUGGAACACCAAACUGAAAAAGAAGCUAUCAGGCAUGGGAAUUGAUCCUGUGACCCACAAGCCCUUCUCCCACCUAAUGGCUGAAAUUGCAACCACACUGGCACCCCCACAGGUGGCUCACCUUGCAGAAGCAGCCCUUGGCUGCUUCAAAGAUGAAAUGCUCCAUCUCCUUACUAAGAAGCGCAUUGACUUCCAGAUCCAACAACCCAAUGCAGCACUAGGGAACACCACUGCCACUUAUAUUAACAGUAAUCAAGACGAAAAAGAUGAUACCAUUGAGAAGAUCAAGCUUGGCCUAUCAAGGGCUAUCCAAGAACCUGAGGUGCUACCAUCAAACAAGCCUUGGGACAGUACUGGAGCGACAUCUGCGAAUUUUGCAGGAGCCUGCAGUGCUUUCCCUGCAUCUAUGACUGGAUAUCAGUAUGGCCCGUCAUCGUUUGGCAAUGACGGGGACAGAUCACCAUGGAGCCAGAGUAUGUGUACAGGAAGCACAUGCACAGCAGGGGACCAGCAAGUACAGUUGCAUGAAAAACUUGAGGAAGAAAAUGGGGAGGAUUCUGUGGGUGGGAAAGAAAUCAGAAAUGGGUCCAGCAUUUUCAGUUCAGACUGUGUCUUAUGGGAUUUGCCAUCUGAUGAUCUAAUGAACCCAAUAGUUUAAGAAAAGUUACAGAACAGGAGUGCGAAGAAGGCAGGAAUCCUACUUCCAAGGAUUAAAAAUAAACAUCUUACAGCACUUAUAAUGAUUGACAUGUAAAUAAAGCUCAUUUCAUAAAUCAUGAUAAAAUACUAGAAAAAGGCAUUAUUAUUAUUUUUUUUUUUUUUUAUUACACAAGACUAGAGUUCUUGGAGAAGUAAUAUUUCUGCAAAGCUACCUCAAGUUGCUCUUCAGUAAAUGAAUUUUUCUGAACAUUCCAUGUAUCUGCAUGGGUCCGCCGGAACUCUGCAACUGCUUUUGUAACUGUAGAUUUUACAGGCGUUGGCUCCCCGGCAAAACGAGCCAGUAAUGUAACAUGCUCAGGUAACCAAC